CACACUGUUCAAUCACGGUCAAGAUUAUCUUGACUACCUCGGUCUUGUUUGAUACCUUUCAAUCUCGCUUGAUACAAGUGACAAGUGACUUUCAAACAGUCAUAGUCACCUUUUCCUAUCCGGCGUCCGAGGUCGUUCUUUUACCAGGUUCGGGGUCCGAGGUUGUACUCGUUUUGACUAUUUCUAUUUGACUCAUCUUUUUCGGUCUUCUCAUCCACUGUGUUUUCAAACCACGUAUAUCUUUCUCACUUUCUCGUGCUUCCACCGUGGAUUGUUGUCUUUCGACUCCCCACUUCCCCAUCUCGCGUGAAUCAACAUCAAAUACAAUCACCCUCGAUCCAAUCACUAUCGCAUCAUAUCGGUCUCUUUUUUCUUCUCAGACUUUUUGAACUGUGUGUGACUUUUCAUCUCCAUGACCACCCCCGGUCGUUCUAGCAGUAUGUCAGAAGCUUCAACCCAAACAAGGGUGGAAAUCCCAAAUCCAUAUUCUCAUACACUCAGUAAACGUCCUUGGAGACCAUAUGUCACUCCUUUCGACCGUAUACUCGAACAUAAAUACAGUGGAUCUGGAACGGAAACAGAUCCUUAUUUAGUCGAUUGGAUGGCAGAAGAUCCUGAAGACCCUCAGAGAUGGGGAAAAACAUAUAAAUGGUUGGAAAUUGCCGUCGCGGCUAUAUCAACUUUGUGUGUGGCUUUGAGUUCGAGUGCGUAUAGUGGAGGUAUUGAGAAAAUGCAAUUGCAUUUCGGGGCAAGUACUGAAUUGCUCACUGGUGGCAUCUCCCUCUUUGUUGUCGGUUUCGCUUUCGGUCCACUUAUCUGGGCACCUUUAUCAGAAGUCUAUGGACGUCGUAUCAUUUAUAUCAUUUCUUACACCUCUAUGACCCUUUGGACCGGUGUUACCAUAGCUUCGCCCAAUGUCGCUUCAUUACUCGUCUUUCGAUUCCUAGCUGGAUUCUUCGGUUCAUCUCCAUUGGCCAACGCAGGAGGUACAAUCGCCGAUGUACUCGACGCUAAUCAACGUGGAUUAGGUAUGGCCGUUUAUGCCGCCGCACCUUUUUUAGGACCUGCUCUCGGACCGAUCACCGGUGGUUUCUUAGGUUUAACAUUAGGUUGGAGAUCAAUCUUCAUUUUCCUAACUAUUUUCGCUGGAUCCGUUACGAUCCUCAUGUUCCUUCUUUCUGCCGAAACAUACGCUCCGAAUCUAUUACGUAAAAGAGCAGCAACAUUGAGUAAAGUAACUGGAAAAAUAUAUCGAUUUCGAGCCGAUGCUAAACGUCCCAUAACUCUUACUGCCGUUCUCAAAGUUUCACUCUUACGACCAUGGAAAUUCCUCGUUAUCGAACCUAUCGUCUUGAUACUAAGUAUCUACAUCGCCAUCAUUUAUGGAAUUUUAUAUCUCAAUUUCUCCGCUUAUCCUAUUGUUUUUCAACGUGAACAUGGAUUCAAUACAGGUGAAGGUGGUUUAGCUUUCUUAGGUAUUCUAGUAGGAUGUUUAAUAGCCGUUACGAUUAGUGCUACAGUCACAAAUCCACAAUAUAUCAAAAUAGCAAAAUCAAAAGGUGGUAGAGCUUUACCUGAAGAUCGUCUACCUCCUUCAAUUUGGGGAGGGAUAUUAUUAGUAGUUGGAUUAGGUGGUUUCGCAGCUACGGAUGGACCGAACGUUCAUUGGAUAGCUCCAAUAAUGUUUGGUAUUCCAUUCGGUUGUGGAGUAGUGACUGUUUUCUUGGCGGUAUUAGGAUAUUUAAUCGAUUCAUAUACGAUUUACGCAGCUUCGGUAUUAGCAGCAAAUUCAGUCAUAAGAUCUUUAUUCGGUGCUGCUUUUCCUUUAUUCACCACAUACAUGUACGAAAAUCUAGGUGUUCAUUGGGCAGCGGCUUUACCGGGUUUCUUGGCUUUGGCUUGUAUACCAUUCACCGUGAUAUUUUAUCGUUAUGGUGCUAGUAUCAGGGCGAAAUGUAAAUAUGCGGCGGAUGCUGAGAAACAAAUGUCGAUGAUUUUAGCUGCUAGGAAUGCGGGACAACAAAAAUCGGAUCAAGAGGCGAAUGUCGAAGGGAAACAAAAUCCCGUUUCACCGAGUGGGACUGGGACGGGAGAAGAAGAAGAUGUGGAGGGUGGAUUGGGAGAGAAACAAACUCAAGUUCAACCGGCGGAACAAACGGGUGGACAAGGACAUGGAAUGGUUCAAGGAAGAGAGAAUGUUGAAGGAGGUAGAAGUGAAGAAGAUCAUCAUCUCUGGACACAAUAUGAAGCUUUGGCUGAUAGAGAUAUGUGGGAUUUGAACGAUGAGGAGAGGUUACAUUUACACAGGUUGCAUAGUCAUUUCGGACAUGCCAAGGAGUUGAAGGUGGAGAGGGGGUAGAUAAGGGGUCAAGGGCAGAGGAGUAUGGGUUCAAAAUAAUCGACACAAACUGUUUACCUGUCUGAAUAUGCAUUGCUUGUGUUUC